UUGACAUAAAGCUAGGGCCCUGCCAAAUUCCUGCUCGAAGUAUGUCAUAUCCGGAGUCGCCCUGGUUGUAGCUGAAUGUAUAAUAUAGGAAACAGAUCAUCGUGAAGAGGCUUUCAGAGACCUUCUUGACAUCUAUGGCCAAGUCGGAAGGAGUCUACCUUCGUUGUCAAUGUUUCAAGCGCUGUUCAGCAUUGACCCCGAGCUGGCAUGGACGAUCUCUACGACGUAUCACGAUAUGAUUCAAAUAAAUACAUGGCUUAUGAUCUAUUUCCAGCAGCAUCUCUGGGGGGAGUUGUUUACAACGACCUGGAGGCGACAUAAAGCAAGAUUUCAAAGUAUCAUAGAUCGCAUGCAAUCUCGCUUUGAACUUAUCAAAAGACGCGCUACUGUUGCUCAAUUUGAAGCCUUCGACAACGCAGCCAGUCUUGAAGAUGAAGAAGGUUCUGCUGCUUCAGAAAGCGAGAAUUUGACUCGAAGCCAAGCAGCCUACGCAUGGCUAAAGCCCGUGGACAUGGAAAGCGAACAGGACCACCUAGUUCGAAUCCGUCGAGACUUCCCGGACACCUGUCGAUGGGUGUUAAGAGAUGGCACGUUUCAGGAAUGGUUUGACCCGUUGUCUUCGCGAACCUCGUUGCCAAAGUUACUAUGGUUGAAUGGCAAGCCUGGCGCUGGAAAAACGGUGCUUGCGUCUCUUGUUAUAGAGGAAGCAAAGCAGAUUCAACCUGCUUGUACGGUCGUAUUCUUCUACUUCAAGCAUAGAGACAAGGAACGUAACACCUUUCUCUCCAUGGCGCGAUCUCUUCUCAUGCAAGUCCUUCAGCAGAAUCGACACGCUCUGGAUUACUUCUACAGUAAAUGCUGUAACAGCGGAGGUGUCCCUCUUACAUCGCUCGCUGCUGUCAAGGACCUCCUUGAAUUGGCGCUGAAAAACUGCAAUUCGGUGUACAUUGUGCUCGACGGCUUGGACGAGUGUCACAACAGAAAAGAGAGAGGAGAUAUUGUGAGCUGGUUUCGCGAGCUCAUCGAAAAUCUUUCCCCUGACAUAAGCGACCAAAUCCGUUGCUUGUUCAGUAGCCAGAUUGACAGUGCUCGAAAGGAUUUUCGCGACCUUGCGACUAUUGCGAUGGAUGCUGGGAACAAUAAAGCAGAUAUCGAGGUUUUCAGUCAACUGCAGUCGCGCGGGCUUGUAGAAGAGUUACGCAUUUCCAACGAGCAGGCGAGUGAAAUAGCCAGUCGCGUUUCUAUUUUGGCAAAUGGUAUGUUCCUCUUUGCUCGCCUGUUUUGGGUAAACCUGCGUGGCCAAAGUUCGAUCGAUAGCCUGGAGCACGAGUUGCGAUCCUUCCCAACCGAUCUUGACAAGCUGGAUGAGAUGUAUGCUCGGAUAAUGCGAACGAUCAUGGAAAAGCCAGUCCGCGCUCAACGCGAGGAAGCAUUAAUGCUCCUAGGAUGGCUCGUCUCUUCCAAACGAUCGCUGAAGAUGCACGAGGUGCAGACCAUGAAAUCAAUCGAUCUCAAUAGAAGAAGUGUCCAAUAUUCACGGCGGCAUUUCCGAGUUCAUCUUCAAGACCUUUGCGAAUCGCUGGUGGACGUACGUGCCAACAAGACCGUGGAGCUGGUUCACAUGACCGCGAGAACCUAUCUCGCAAAUAGUGGUCAUCUGGAUGUCCUAGCCCAGGAGCUCCGUAUGGCAACGCUCUGCGUCGACUACCUGAACCUGCCAUCUUUCAGGCUACCAAUCUCGGAGCAAGCUGUGUUGGAUGGAGAGUAUGGCUUUAUGGAGUAUGCAGUCAGGUAUUGGAUUCGACACCUGGAAGCCGGCUUGACACCGCCCCCAGCUCCGCAAGACCAGCUUCAUAGAGAGCUUGCUGAAUCACUCGAGCUCUUUGUCGGUCAGCAUUGGAACGAACCGCCCAUUAACAACAUUGCAGUUCCGAAGCGCACUCGCGACAUGCUCCAGAUAUUCGUCAAGUGCCAAAAUUAUCUGGACAUCGAGACCGCGGUGUUCCUGACGGACAAAGAAAUGAAACACUUCGGUGACGUUAAACCAGAACAAUCCGCGCUGGAUUUUCCGAGGAUAAUAUCUGCGGUUCGCCGCCAGCUCGAAUCCUUCGCAAGGAACUAUUCUCAAGAACGCCUUGCUGAGGAUCUGGAACCCAAAUACGGCAUCAAUCUGUUCAAAUGCUCGAGGUUCAGCUGCAAGUACUUCACGGAAGGGUUCUCUACUCCAGAAGAACGUGAGAAACACAUUGAACGACAUGAGCGGCCACAUCGCUGCACCGACGAGCACUGCAGAGGUUCUAAGAUUGGAUUCCCGACAAAAGCUCAAUUAGAUAAACAUCUGCGAGAAACUCACCCAGAGGGACUGGAGCGCCAAAAUACAUUCCCAACGGACGAGGAAAUCGAGGAGAGCGUGCGGGAAAAUAAUACAACUCUUUUCGUAGAGCCCAUACCAGAGCCCGAGCCAGAACUUGAACCAGAAUCCUGGAUCCUCGAGCCAGAACUUGAACCAGAAUCCUGGAUCCUCGAGCCAGAACCCGAGCCUCUACUUGACAUUGAGCCUGCGCCCCCGCCCGACCUCCAACCUGACACUAUCCCCUCAGUCCCGGACCCGAUUUCCUCGUCUCGCCACCCGAGACCACCCAAGCCCCCACCCACAAAACGCCCUCGAACAAAAGUGUCAUACACCUGCGAGCACUGCGGAAAGAACUUUGGCAAGAAAUUCAACUGGGAGUCUCACCUCGCGACGCACGGUGGCCCCAGCUCUGAACGACACGCGUGUGCCCACUGCGGGCGGACGUUUCUGCGGCCCAGCGACGUGCGGCGGCAUGAGAAAAAGCACAAUCCGGAUAGCGCGGUGACGUGUGGAGGGAUCUUGCCGGAUGGGAGGAGGUGGGGGUGUGGGGAGAGGUUUGCGAGGUUGGAUGUGUUGAGGACGCAUCAUAACACGUCGGUGCAAGGGAGGAAAUGUGUUGCUGAGAGGGAUGAGGGAGGGGGAUAGAGCGUAUAAGGAGAGCGGCGACAAACGAACUAGUGAACAGCGGCGACAGAGCUUUCGAAGACGCAAGGGCAUCUGCAAAAGGUUGUCUAUUCUAGCAUCAUUUUUUGGUCUCGGUAUCUUCUUAACUUGCAGCUCCACGCUAGAAGCUCGAAUAAAUGACCGCAAAUUGCUGAACGAAGAUUCCCAGCUCUUUUCACAUAUGUACUCAAUGCGUAUCCCCGAGGAAACCAGUUAAGCCGGGAACUUGACCCAUUUGUUCUUUCAACGAUCCAAGGGUUUUCGCCGCCCUCAUGGCCAACUGCAGCAUCAUUGAGCCGCCUCAGUUCUUACAGGCAAGAAAAUGAGCGGGACAACA